AUGGGUGACCAGUGCUCUCUGCGCCUCGUCCGAGUACGUGCUUUUCCAACUAUCAUCCAUUUGGGCAAAUUACCCGGAUCACUAAUUUCCGCAUUGCAGGAAUUGAGACAGGUCGAGCGGAGCGAGCAACUUGCUUUCACUGUCCGUUAUGAAGAAAGCAACAUCCGAGAUAUUCAGGCUCUCAUCAUCGGACCUCCAGGCACCCCAUACGAACUGGGAUUCUAUGAGGUAAGAUCCACCGAUCCACCAUCCAAGGGCCCUAGCACGCUUCUGGAAGUAUGGCUAACCAAUUGUAAUCGCCAGUUCUCCAUCAAAAUCCCGUCAGAUUACCCAGCAAAUCCCCCGGUAGUGAAAAUCAGGACGACCAACAGGGGCCGAACUCGCUUUGGUCCUAAUCUGUAUGCGAAUGGGAAGGUCUGCUUGUCGAUCUUGGGAACUUGGCAUGGCUCGCGGGGUGAGCAAUGGUCGCCUGCACAGGGACUCGAAUCCGUUAUGCUGUCGAUUCAGAGCCUGUUAUCAUCAAACCCGUAUACCCUGGAACCAGGGUUUGAGGACAACGAAAGGGCGAACGACACGGAAAAUAUGGAGAUCUACAAAUCCAAGAUUCGUCAUGAGAAUCUACGACUAGCAGUCAUCACACCUCUUGAACAAUCCUUCCAAACUUCGUCCCCUCCCCGCCGAACGGCACCAAGGGUCGGUCGGGAAUCCAGCGCGGAAGAAGAUAGUGAUGUCGAACUCGAGCCCGAACCGGGAUUUCUUACUCGAAGCAAGUUUAACGACUUUUGCAAGCGACGGUUCCUGUGGUACUUCGAGUUCUACCAGAACGCUAUCGAGAAAGGUAUCGCGGACGAGCCACGCAGACAAGGAACGCCAUUCAUCCAAAUGCCAUUUGAAGGGUAUGGUAAUGCCAUGGGCGGAGAAUGGAACUACAUCGGCCUGCAAGCCCGUUUUUUGGCUCUUCGAGACCGACUGAUGGAAGAGACAUACAGCUGGCCCUUCGAGGGCCUUGCUCUGGUCAAGGAGGAUGCUGGGAUUGCGGUUAAAUUGAGGGGUCAGCAUGAACAGAUUGCAGCAGAAAUGAACGCUUAUCCUCAAGUCAUCGAUUUGUCACUGGUUGAUAGCAACCCGUUCGUCUGGAGACUCACUUAUGUUGGUCGCAACGAGUCCAAACUGGAAGGUGGCAUCAUCAAGAUCAAGAUUUACAUCAGUCCCCGACACCCAGAAGAACAACCUCGGGUAUUCGUUGAGUCACCUCUCUAUCACAUUCGUGUCUCCAAGCUCGGUGUGUUGAUGUAUCUUCCUUCGCAUGCCGAAGAGAUUGGCCAACACAUCGAGGGCAUCAUCAACACGCUGGAAGAUGACAAUCCCCCGUACAACCCCCUCAUGACAGUGAACCCAGAGGCGGCCGCUCUUUGCUGGGGUUCGGAACUAGAUCGCAGGCUCUAUAGGCGCAAGCUUCGAGCAUCUCUGGAGGAGUCCUGA